AUGAAAGAGCAAUGUAGUCUCGCCAAUGAUCGUCCUGACUGGCCCGAUGCACCUUCUUCAGCUGAGAAGCCAACAGACGCCGAAGCUGCUCGUUUUCAGAGAGCCAUCUACCGGUUAGAGGUCUACUGCAAGCUCUUCAAGGACCCCGAAGUUGUACGGUUCAAUCUGGACGUUGUGAACUUCCAGAGAGCGCACUUCUUUGAUUACCUGUCACUUUGGGAGAUUGAACAACUGGUUGCGACACGGGACUUUCUUGUAGCGUUCGUCAUUGGUCCUCCAUUGCGUGCACUCGUGGAGCUUCGUAAGAUUGAGGCUCUGCGGACACAUCAUUGUGGCCCGAGGAACGGGGCCCAGGUUGUGUACUGGACCGCCCCAAUUCUACCUCCCAAUUUGGAGCGCGGCGAUUGCCACAUCAAUCAGAAUCAGGCUCGGCUACUAUGCUUUGGAGUCAAGUUUCUCUACAGGGUCGAUACCUCGCCGUCAACCCAGUUCUACCAAUUACUUCUUGAUCUCCCGCAACAGCCGCGCUACGCCAGUUACAACCGAGUUGGCGAGAUUUACUCAUGGCUCACCGAUGCCGUUGACAGAUGCGUCGAAAUGAGCAACUUGGAACUCCCGAUUAGGAAGGCUCUGUCGUCCUAUACUCCGGAUGAGUACAAGGAGUAUGUACGGCAGUCCCUGGUGAGCGAGGACGCCGAUAAAGGCCCCGAAGAAGCCUGGAAUUGGGCGUAUCAAUCUUUUCCGGGGUCAACCUGCAACGAUCCUCGGAUGACGAACUGUCGUCUCUUUGGCCUGUUCUUCUGGGACUCUGCUCGGCUCAACACCAUCAACUUCUUCACUCGUGUCGACGUUUGGUGGUGGAGAUGGGAAGGGGCCCGGCAGCCUGACGUCGACUGGGAAGUCGAAGCCACGGUACCCCCGGCGUCCUUUUGGUGA